AUGGGAUCCAAACCAAUUACUACGCCGCCAAAGCUUUCCCUAUUCUCACUGCCGACCAAGCCACCGGAGUCGCCGGGGAUGGUGACGCCCCCGCUCCGGACCAAAGCUUCGGUGCCGUUCCAGUGGGAGGAGGCGCCGGGAAAGCCCCUACCGAACGCUUGCCAGCGAUCGGCGCCCAGGGCAGCGAGGUGCUUAGAGCUCCCGCCGAGGCUGCUAAACGAGGCUGGAAUUACUGGCGACAUGUCGUCGCCGACGACGGUGCUGGACGGGCCUUAUAACUCCUCGGGAAGGCGGUCGCUGUCCCAGACGGCGUCGUUUAGGAGCCUCGGUUCGUGGAGGUGGGGGAGUUUCAAGGAAAAUGGUGAGGGGGAUGGUGGGGGCAGUUUCGACUUUACUCCUUCUGCGUUUGGUCCGACGAAGACGAAGAUGGAAAAGCUUCGGAAGAGAAGCAGUUUCAUGAAUUAUUCCUCCAAGUCUCGCCUCUGGCCAAACAGCUCGUCUCUUUCCGUGGGAUGGGCCGGUUUCGCCGUGUCAAAUCCCAAUGCCGGUAAACUGACUCGCUUCUCAGUUAACCUGGAUUUCAUUACUCCAAUGGCUGUUUGUAGCCUCUCUGUUUAA